CACGACAACCCUUUUCUUGCAUUAAUCAGCAAUGGCUCCUCCAAACCAUCGCUUGGUGUCGGCCGCCAUUUUCUUGGCUCUCCUCAUCGUUUCUCCGGCACCGGCAAUGGCGAGGGCUCCAAAACAUUCAAGACAACUUCCACCGCCAUCCUCCAAACUAGUUGAACAAGUAUGCAACGGCUCUGCCAUAACGAACCGAAGGUUCUGCCUCAAGGCUCUCUCCAAUCCCGAGGCGGCCGCCGCAACAUCCCUCAAUGGCCUCACCAAAGUAAUCCUACAUCUGGCAGCCACCAAUGCGCAGCACACGCUUGACAUCAUCAACGGCAUGAUCACAAGCGGGCAAACGACGUCACCGGCGAUAAAGUCGUGCGCCGGCAACUACCAAGAAGUGAUCCGGUCGUUCAAGAUGGUGGUGGGGGAGCUGUCUGAAGAUCCCAUGACGGCCAAUUAUGAUGUCAAGGUCGUCGGAGAUUUCAUAGAUUAUUGUGAGAAGGCACUGGCUAGCGGUAACGUUCACGUACCGCAGAUUUCAGUUGGGAAUCGGUUUGUGAUGAAUUAUGUUUGGAUGGGAUUUCAAGCAACUAAUAAUCUGUAGUUGGAGACGAGAUAUUAUAAUCCUUUGGUUUCCAAAUUUAAGCUUUUCCUUUUUAUUUUAUUUUAUUCAGAGGAUAUAAGAAUGGGAAGAAGAUUUUUUAUUAUUUUACAAAAAAAAAAAAAGAAAAGGGUUGGGGUGAC